CUUCCCCUGAAUUAGCGACAAGACUAUUGAACGUCCAUAAACCUCUGUACCCUGACCCUGCUUUCAUUACGCGUUAAAAGCAGAGUGCUCCCGGCUUCUUUUCCCCUCCAUCAGAGGGGUUCUGAUCGACAGCCAAAUAUGGCGUUAUCGUCGACUAUCGAGAAGGACAUUGCUAUUGCAUGCAUAUGUUCUACUCUGAUUCUGUCGCGAUGUGGCUAUCGCAUUUACCACUGGUACAAGGGCCAUGCGGGUUCCCACAGAAUCUGGCAUGCUGACGAUAUUUACAUGGCCGUUGCCCUGCUGCCCCUUAUUUCGCGCACUGUCUGCAUCACUCUAUCAUUCCUCCUGAAUCCCUCCAGCUCACGCGAACCUGCGACGACAGAAGAGGCGACAGCCCAGCACAUGACUGUCGAGAAGCUUGAACAUGAUAGGAUUGUUGGGCUUCAACUACUGGUUGGCACCAGAUUGAGCUACACUCUGAUUCUUUGGAUUCUGAAAGCUGCCCUGCUUUCAUUCUACUCUCGUUUCGUUCGGGUGACGAGCUGGGGCAAGACGGCAGUUAGGGUACUAUGGUGCCUCUUAUUUGCUUCUUGCCUUGUUGUUAUUGUAGCAAUAUUAGCCGAAUGCCGCCCUAUUUCGUUGAUGUGGAAGCUCAGCUCGAAGGAAACACAACCCAUCUGUCAAAAGGGCAUGGUUUACUUUUUCGCUCUGGCAGUAGGCAAUAUCAGCACAGAUAUUGCCCUCUUGAUACUGCCCUUUCCGACCCUUGCAGUUGCGAGACUAAAUACCAAAACCAAGGUCCAACUUGGAGUCUUAUUCAGUAUCGGCCUUUUACUCAUUACAAUUACAAUUGUGCGAAUACCACUUAUCCUCAACGAGGCCAUGUCCCAAAAGUCUCGGUCCACUUGGGCGACUAUAGAAAUUCUGUGCAGUUUCAUCGUGGCAAACACGCCCUUUUUUUAUGGUAUUUUAAGAGAGCUUGGGCAUCACAAGGGUACACAGCCUUCAGUGACUAAUCCGAGUCGAUCAGAGGGUCCAUUUUAUUUGCAGAGUAAAGGAGCAGAUCACCGCUCUUACGAGCUACAGGCUGCAAACAGUGAUGGGAACAAUAAUUCACAGGAGCUGAUCAUAACACCAUAACGAUAAUAAAGUUGCUUGAUUGCCAAUUUUCCCUUCAUCUAAACGAGCGGAAACUGACAAAUCAGCUCCAUCCCCACUGACACUUCGAUUGCUUAGUAGCCGCGCCAGGCCCUGUCUGUACCUCUGGAGGGAGCCGCCACUUAUGAAGUCUGAGUACCGCAAAUUCAAGUUAUCAAAGCACUUCCUCUUCCACUUACCUGUGGCAAGGGU